AUGCCGGCUGCGGGAGUCUCGUCAGUCUCUUCCAUCCCGGGUUUAGACCCACCAAAUGUCACAUCAAUGCCGGGUUUGCGCUCCGUGAAACAAUCCAAAUCCGUCGAGUCUCUUCCUACUAUCGGUACUUUACCCCUAGGCUCUCUUCGAAUCACUGAACCUAGAGAGGACUCGGAUCUGGAUACGCCACUUACUACUCCUGACGUCGUCAUGGAACCACCUCUGGAGUCUAGACAUACGUUCCCUACGAGUGGCGAUGUCCUCAUCCUAGAUGAUCUUCCCGCAGGCUUUACUAUAGGCUGCGACACGAUGUCUUUCUCGACGAAGAAACCCUUUCCGGGGUUUCGCGAUAUCCCGCCGGGCGCGCAUCUUAUCUGGGUUGCCCCCUCCGAGCUGACGUCGUCGCGGAGCGCGUAUUGGAUAGUUACUCCCGAGAGAGAGGAAUGGGAGCACGGCGAGAUCUACGUCAAGCAGUGGGACAAAUUCAACGAAGUCCUCAGCGAUCCAGCCAGUCAAGCUGAAGAUAGAUUCCAAAAAGAGGCGUUGCAGCAGAUUUUUAGCAGCCUCUCGCCUUAUCAACUCCGGGCUACUACGUCCGGAGUGCUCCUCGCACCACCCAGUCGAGACACUGAGCAUCUUCCGUCCUUCUUAAACAACGAGAACAUAUGGUCUCAACUCACAUCGGCGAUCAAUGCAGAUCUCCUGAACAGAAUCACGGGUAAGACCCAACGAAGCUGGCAGAUCACCACACAAGACAGCGUCGCCGGAGAGACGACCUUAGCCGAAGAAGCCCGCCUCUACGCCAGCGGCAAAUCCCAGCUCCGCUUCACAUUCUCCAUGAACGCACCUCUCAUCAGCCCCAAAGCGUCCGGCCAGGAGCGCACGCGCCAGGCCCUCGAUCCAACUCCCUUCGUGCUCGAGACGUUAGACAACCGAAAACUCGAAGACCUCGCAGGCGAGCUCUCGUUCGCGUUCCUAUCCGGAAUGCACCUCGGCAACUACUCGUGCCUGGAGCAAUGGUGGUUUUACACCACGCACCUUAUUUUCCGAUGCUACGCCCUCGCCACCGCGCAGCCCCAGCUCGCACGGCGCUUGAUACAGACGUUUCACGCACAGCUCGUGUACAACGACCGGCACCUCGAGGGCGACGUGCUAGAAAUGAUGCCCUCGAACGCGCGCAAGCUGCAGCGCUCGCUAACCACAUAUGCGUCGCGGCUAGACGAGAUGUUUCAAGCUCUAGGCGACGACGUCACGCCCGAUCAGCAUCUAGUUCGAGACGCGUUUGUAGAUCUAGAGGCCUGGCUGAAUAGUCGGCUGGGCUGGGACUUGAGAGCUGAGUAUUUGCGCGCGGGCUCGCUGAUGUUGGAGGAUGGCGAGAUGGUGAGUGCGGAGAUGUCGGAUUUCGAGGACGAGGAUGAGAGGGGCGAGUUUGCGCCUGUGAUGGUGCAGUUGGAUGAUGUUGGUAGGGAGGCUGGGCUUGUGUCGUGGGAUACGUAG